ACCUGUAAAGACAGAGAAAGAAUAAUGAAGUUAAUAAUAAAACAUGAGCUUUUUGGAGAAAGAUGUAUCACACUUGUAUUUUGUUUUGAGUUACGUUUAAAUACUGUGCUAUCACAUACUGUCUUGGUUAAGAAUUUAUAGAACGUGUAAUGGUAGUUAUUGCUCAUUAAUAAUUAACAAACGUUGACCGGGCCCUUCUCCCCUUUGCUCAUUUCUACAAAUGGAAACACAAUAGAUGCUUUCCGUUAGCAGAAAACUAUGCAAUGCGAAAGGAAACGCAGCAUCCUAGUCAAAGGAAACCGAAAUGAAAGUAAAUGCACGCAACCCCCCGUGCGCCACCUUUAAAAAUAUCCACUUGUUGUGCCGCAAAUGGUUUAUUGGUCGUAUAGCGACAGGAUACCCGGCCACCAUAACUGUACUUUUGGUUAAUGAAAAACACACACGCUCGACCAGUGCUGCGCAACACCGACAAAAGCUAAAACACUGUUGAAUUAUUUGCUGGCAUUCUCAAACCAUUAAUUUAAACAAAGGAGGAAACAUCUUGUGGAAAAUGCUGUCAAAAAAAAGUCCGAGUCUGUUUUAUACUCAUAAAAAAUAAAUUUAACAAAACUCUUUCCAUAGAUUUCCCCACACACACACACACAAUAUAUAUAUAUAUAUAUAUAUAUAUAUAUAUAUAUACACACACACACUCAAAUGUCCACACAUAUAGUACAUAUUUGUACUGUCAUUAUGUCAAAAUUAAUAUUUAAUAAUUUAGAUGAUCACUAAAUAGCCUAUUUGAAAAACCGGUUUUGUAUACACACCAACAUAUCUGUUACCUAUUGGAUUUUGUUGAAUAGUUUUGCUCAGGCCCAUUUACUUUGCACUGUUUAUAUAUAGGCUUUGGUUUUCUUUAACACGUCGUUUACCAUAUAUAAAUCACUAUGAAAUUACAGUGAUGAAAAAAGCGAUGAAGCCGCGAUCAUCAAUAUGUCAUUUUAUCUAUUGUGACCUACUUGUGCGAUAAGGCCUAGUAAAUUACCUAUCUGAAAUAUAAACAAGGAAGGAUGAAAUAUUAUGAAAUGUUGUACGGAAUAAUGUGUGUUUGGAAAAUCUGCUACUCCAGGGCUUGUAUGUUGACACUCUAUUCUCCAAUGGUAUGAUAGGACCAAAGACGACUGUAUGUGGGGGCACAAAGUGUCGAUGUAUUCAAUUUAGCGUUUUAAAAUUCCUAUGUGAUUCGUAUUGUGCAAUCUCAUUGGAAGGUACGGAAAGGGAGAAGGGAUUAAAAAAAAAAAAAAAAAAAUCUAGCUCUCUGCUCCGGGGUCCCCCGGCGCGUGCAAUCACAGCCCCCCUCAAGGGUGCUAUUUUGCAGGCACGUCCGCUCGCUAUUGGUCAGUGGCUGGUCAGAUGGUACGGUUUCCCUCUGUCCCGCACUGGCACAUAGCCACCCAGAACACCCCCCCACCCCCCCAACUAAAACCCAAUCUCCGAUAAACUACUAAUAGCUAAACCACUUGGACUAUAAAACACAACAAAUCAUAAACCAAGCAAAAGAGCCGUACCCUCCCAAUGAGUUCCUAUUUUGUAAACUCAACUUUCCCAGUGACUCUGCCCGGAGGACAGGAGUCGUUCUUGGGACAGAUACCGUUAUAUUCCUCCGGAUACACAGACCCUUUACGACACUAUCCCGGUGCUGCUUAUGGAGGUUCCAGUGUCCAAGAGAAGGCGUACCCAUCCUCUUUUUACCAGCAAGCGAACGGUGCUUACGGCAGGGCAACCGCCGCCGGUCCCUGCGAUUAUGCGACAGCAAGCUUCUACAGGGAAAAGGACCCUGCCUGCGCCCUCGCCAGCAUAGAGGAACACUCAUUCGUUCUCAGUCAGGAUCAUCGCAAGCAAGACUGCACGGGGUCGACGGGGAAAAGCAUCUACCCUGAGGCCGACGAACAGAAGCCGUCAGCGCCGGUUUAUCCUUGGAUGCAACGGAUGAACUCGUGUAACGGGACUUUCGGUAACGCUGGCCGAAGGGGUCGUCAGACGUACACUCGCUACCAGACGUUAGAAUUGGAGAAAGAGUUCCACUUUAACAGGUAUCUGACCCGAAGACGCCGCAUCGAGAUUGCGCACGCACUGUGCCUGACAGAACGUCAGAUAAAGAUUUGGUUCCAAAACCGGCGAAUGAAAUGGAAAAAAGAGAACAAAUUGAUCAACUGUUCACAAACCAGUGGCGAAGAGGAGGAGGAGAAGAGGACAGAAUGAAAUUUUAAACGAUAAAAUCCCCCCAAAAAGAAAACUAUUGCAUAGAGGGCACCAGACACCACUCUGUAAUAACACAAAUGAAGACUUUCCAUCAUGUUAGCAACUGUAGCAUUCCUGUUAACUCAUAAUUGUAAUUUCUUUUGUGAUUUCUUUUCCUUUUUUGUACAUGACGUUUUAAACAUGUGGUUUUGUGCGCUCUACUCUGACUUUAGGUUUGCUCUUAUAACUGAAAUGUCCAUGUUGAACGAAGCUAUUUGAAAUUUGUGUCAUAUGCGUGUUUAUAUUUAAGCUGUGUAAAAAUAAAAAUAAA